UCUAACACUCAGCUAAACAAAACGGAAAACGAAAGAAGGAAGAAAAACAGAAUUAUACAACCAAAAGAGAGGCGAAAGGAGGUGUGGAGGACCAGCUACGCGUCUAGAGGAGCAUCGGCGGCAGAGGUGACCUCCUAACAAUGGCCAUGUUGACGCGUUUGACUAGCAGCGGCACCACCACCGUGGCUGGAGCAGCACCUGGGUCGCCGAAGGGUCUGCAGAGAUUCCAGAACUACAUCGCUGCCUUCUUGUGGCCGGGAACGCAGCGCCAGAGGCGAAAGUCUACACAGUUGGACGCUAUUGAUUGCUUCACCAAUGACCUGGUAACGCGCAAGACGCAGAAAUGGGAGGAGCUCCGCGACAGCCUUAUGAAGCGCCAACCGUCCGCACAGGAGACGGACGCCAAUAGCAAUGUGGCGACGCCGGUGCAGAUAGGUAGCAAGGGAACGGCAGCGAGUACCACUAGCUUCAGCCAGAACGUUGGCAUGAUGUCCAAGGGCAUGAUGAGCGAUUUGAAGGCGCUGCGUUCGCCGCAACUGGGCCUGGACAUCCGAUCUCUGUCGCAGCCGCAGCUGGACAACCUAUUGAUGGCCACGCUGGAGAUCAAGAACAAGCUGGACUUUCUCUACCUGAUCCGCCAGUGCAUCCGCUGUCAUCUGCUGCCCUCCAACGAGGUGUUUGUGGCCUGCCUCAAGUAUUUGAGUGCCCAGCGCAAGCUCCAGCAACUGGAAGCGCUGGCUGAGACCUGUCGCCAGCUGGAGCAUCCCUUUUCACAGACCUACGCCGAUCUGGCUCCCUUCCGGGCCAUCGCUCUGUGGAAUAAUGGCAACGCGGACGUGGCUUUAAUGACCCUCCAUCGCGGCUACGGGGUUAGUAUGUCCUCGGAGGAGGGUCGGCGGAUGGCGCGCACAGCUUUUCGUACCAUUUCGGAGGAGACACUGGCCCAAAAGAGCGAGGCGGUGCUGGUGUCGCUCUUGGAAGUGGCGCGUGCCAUUCACCGGGAACACAAGGACAUCUUUGUGGUGGCCUGCGUGUGGAAGCAGUGCUUCGCCAGCGAUUGGUUCUGCGACCAAAAGUCGGCGGGUGAGCUGUUCGAGCACUACAAGGAGCUGCAGGAGCUGGUGGAGAGGAGAGCCAGUCCCUUGUGCUCCUCAUUCCUGGGCCGCAAUAAUGUGGAUGCCGUGCAUCGUCUGAUCGAGGUGUUUCUGCAGCACAAGCAGCGUUCCGCCUGCUCCAGCUGCCUCAGCCUGCUUUUCAACUAUCAAUAUAUGCGCAAGGAUCUGCGCGCCUGCGCCGAGAUUGUAAAGUCCUGCAGUGAGUUGGAGAUGCCGCUGAACGAGCUACAGAACGAGCAGUUCCUCAGUUUGUUCCUUGACCAGAGCGAUCCCUUGGACUCCUCUGGCGCUGGUGGGGCAGUCAGCAAGUACAAGGCACCCAAGUCCUUCCAGUAUAAGUUCUAGUGUUGCCGCUUUUGCUCGUUAUGCCGUUGUCAUCGUAGUUUUAGCACAAGGAAGCGUUGAGCAAUAUGCAUCCAUCCCAUCCCAAACAAAACAGUAGCGGUAGUCUCGCCUCUCUUUAUUAAAUGUUAUUUAAUGUCCAA